AUGGUGCUCAAGGAGCUCGGCGUCAAGGGCACGGAUGCGGUGUUUUACCAGAGCACUAAGCGAGAUCGCGUCGUUUUCGUGGACGAAGUGCCUCCUGGCUUGUUGUGCCCGGUGUGCAGGGACGUGUUCAUCGCGCCCAAGAUUGCGACGUGCGGUCACCCGGUGUGCGAGGAGUGUGUGCGUAAGGUGGUGAAACAGACGGGCAAGUGCUUCUCGUGCAGCGCGUUCGUGGACCACAACGACUACCUCCCCGAUGAGCUCAGCGAGGUGAAGCUGGGAGAUCUGAAGGUGCUGUGCAGGCACGCGCUAGGGCUGAGGGAGGCGCAGCAAGAGGACGAGGAGGAAGUAGACCUGGAUGAGGAUGAAGCGGCCGCGGCGGCGAGGAUCAAGCGUCGCGAGGGAAGGAGCGCGGUGGAGGUGUUCGUCAGGUUCGAGGACUUUGACGACACCGCGUGCUCGUUGGCUUUACCGCUGCGCGACCUGGACAGGCACGGGGAGACGUGCGAGUUCAAGCCGCUGAUGUGCGACCUGUGCGACAUGGAGGAGGAAGAGAAGGAUGACGACGACGAAGACGAGAUCGGCAAGGAAAACGGGGACCCGCGCGCGACGAUGCGCCCGUCUAAACUCGGCGCGAGGGGCGACGUCGGAAGGGUUUGCGGUUUCAACUGCAUGUUGCGAGACAUGCCGCACCACAGGACGACGUGCGAGAACAGGCUCGUGAACUGCACGUUCGCAAAUUUUGGAUGCAGGUGGCGCGGAUCGUUCCGGAGGCUUUCCGCGCACGGGUCCCAGUGUCGAGUGAGACCCAGACUGUGUCCAAACGGAUGCGGCGCGCAGGUAUCCGUCGGGCCUAUGAUGAAGCGGCAUCUCGACAUGUGCCCGAUGGGUGAGGUGGCGUGUGACGCGCCGGAUGCCGAGGCGGACCUCGCGAUAUGCAGACCCGUCGAGGAUGCCGAGGAAGGAGACGUCGCGGGCGCGCUGGUGACUGUCGGGGAACAUCCGGAGUUGGCCAAGAAGUGCACCGCCGUGGUUCGACGCGUGGAUCUCAAGCGACACAGGAUGGAACACUGCGAGUUUGCUCGCGCCGCCAAGUGCCGAAGGUGUCACAAGCUGGUUUCCGCGAGGUCGCUCCAGUCCCACGAGCUGACGCGGUGCACCGCCGCCGAGGAGCUGUGCCCGGAGGGAUGCGGUAUGGUGCUCUCGCGGACGGCUGUGAAGCGGCACCUGGAGGUUGCGUGCGUCAAGGUUCGCGAGGAUUGCGCGUUUAAGCCCUUGGGAUGCACCGCGCGGGUCGAGCGCGGGGAGAUGGCGGCGCACACGCACAGGGCAUCCGGGCAACACCUGGAACUGCUGAGGAGGGGUUUGCUCGACGCGAGGAGCAGGGGCGAGGCGUUCAGAAUGGAAAUCGACGCGCACAGGGAGGAUAUCGCGCAGCAGUUGGAGAGGCGACGCAAGGAUGCGAUGGAGACGCUGACGAGAAAAGAGGAAUCAGUCCGUGAGCGCGUGGAGACGGCGAAAGAGGAGGACGCCAAGGCUCGAAAAGUUCUCGCCGGCAAGGUGGAUGUUCUCAAGCGUGCGAUGGCGGACCAGUCGAGCACGUACAGCGGCCAGCUGCUCGAUAUGUUCACCGACAUUUCCGAGCUUCGAAACGAUUUCGAGCGGUUCAAGACUCGGUGCGAGGAUGGCAUGAGAGCGCUGCGCAAGGAUGUGGACUCUAACCGCGUCAAGGCUGAGGCCCUGUUCUCCGAGGUGACGGAGGAGAGGGGCGACGCGGUGGGGGCGUAUAAGGAGCACGUGACUCGCGCGCUCGAGGAUGAGGAGAAACAUUUGACGAUUACAAGUUUGUCGUGA